CCUUAAAUCAAGUACCUGGUGCGAUGUGUAAAAUAUCAGCACUGGGGAGACAAAGGCGGCCGGGCGUGGUGGCCACACCACAACCUCGUGCGCCGGUCCGGCCGUGAUAGGUGCUCGCAAACAGCACUUGCCCACAGCAUCCUGGAACAAAAAGCCUACGGGGGCACCUUUGUCUUUGGCAUGUUGUUGGUUCACAUGUCCCAUUUACAUGUGUAUGUAGCCACACGUGCGUUCCGUAAUUAUUUCGUUAAGCGUAGUGUGUGUAUACAUGCCGUAAUGCGCGUUCGGAUAUUGGUAAUAUUCACGUAUGUAAUCAUGUGAUAUAGGAGUUUAUUACAUUUAUUAAAAUCUAAUAUACAUAAUCAUAUACAUUCAGUAGUCCUACACACAAUAGUCCUAUAUCUAAACCUAUAUAAUAUACAUAUACUAUAUGUGCAGGUCACAAUAUUUUAAAAUACAAAUGCAUACAAAUGUAUUCCUUUUCACGUGCGCAUCAUGCUAAUAACGCACAAGCCACACUAUUAUACAGUGCUCAUAACAUGCACAUGUGCGUACAUCACCCACGACAGAUACAGUGCGUAAAUAUUAUCGCAUACUCACGAACACACUACAUAUGUACACACGUGCCCGUGUAGGUUGUGUACACACAGCACGUACGCGUAAACACAUUCGCGCAUCAAGUUUGAAGUGGUAUUACGUGUACAUACACGCGUGUAUUCACACACAAACUGCAGCACGCAUACACACACACACAUCUGUGUGUACGCGAUACAUACAUGAUGGGCACGCACACCACGUAAUACAUUCACACACACACAAUCUGAGCUCCCGUCUAUAGUCAUGCACAAUAACACACGCGCGCGCAUACACACAUAGCGACGUAGACAAAGAUCUCCCGAAUAACAUUUAACAGACUGUUGGGGCGAGGGUUGUACAGAGGUACAAUAGACACACACACAUGUACAUACGUAAAAAUACGCACGCGAAUUCACAAACUCGCAACUAAUUCAUACACACACAACAGCGAGACGCAUAAAUACAUAAAUACACACAUGUACAUACAUGUACACACAUGUACAUACGUGUACAUACAUGUACACACAUGUACAUACAUAGUGCAACUUUUACAGCAAGCUUUUCACUAUUAGAUGUGACGACACAGCAAGUGACGCAACAACCGUCGUCAUAACAGUCGCACAACGGUCACAACUGUCGUCAUAACAGUCGCACAACGGUCACAACAGUCGUCACAGUAGUCACAACAGUCGGCAUAACAGUCGUCAUAACAUGUCGUCAUAACAGUCACAGUAGUCACAACAGUCGUCAUAACAGUCGCACAACGGUCACAGUAGUCACAACAGUCGUCACAACAGUCGUCACAACAGUCGCACAACAGUCGCACAGUAGUCACAACAGUCGUCAUAACAGUCGCACAACGGUCACAACUGUCGUCACAACAGUCGUCAUAUCAGUCGCACAACGGUCACAACAGUCGUCAUAUCAGUCGCACAACGGUCACAACAGUCGUCACAACAGUCACAGUAGUCACAACUGUCGUCAUAACAGUCACAGUAGUCAUAACAGUCGUCAUAACAGUCGCACAACAGUCGCACCCGAGUUACACAACAGUCGCACAAGAGUCAACGAUCACCCAACAACAACCACAACAACAACCGGACAGCUGAACAAACCUUCUCGUUGUUGCAUAACGACGGCGUGGUCGCAUCCAAGAAGUUCCACAAACUCUCGAAACUCCCCACACCCAUCCAAGAAUUUCCACAAACUCUCGAAGUUCCACAAACCCAUCCAAGAAGUUCCACAAACCCAUCCAAGAAGUUCCACAAACCCAUCCAAGAAGUUCCACACACCGUCCAAGAAGUUCCACAAAUUAUCGAAUAAGUUCCACAAACCCAUCGAAGAAGUUCCACAGACCCCAUCGCCCGUGGACUGCAUCCCCACCCCCGAGCGCUUUGCGUUCCACCGCGACCCCUGCCACCGACGACUGCGGCCUUAGGAGAGGGGACAGCGACUCGCGACGUUUUUUGUUGUUGCUCUGUGACAAGGGGGGGUGGUGGUGGGGUGGUUUCAGAUCGUGCGACGUCUUAGCGCACGCACGGGCAAUGAGCUGCUGCUGUCACCCCGCGUACGAGACGGAGGUUGGAUUCAUCAACAGCACGCCGACUCUGGCCGAAUGUUUCACUCCGAUACCCCCCGCGAUGCCGCCAUCAUCAUCAAUCACUCCUCCUCCUCCUCCACCUACUCAUCCUCCUCCUCGCGUACACUUUCAUCCUCAACCGCCACCUCUUCUCCGUCCUCCUCCUCCUCCGCAACAACAACAACAUCAUCAUCCUCUUCCACCACCCCCGUCGCUCCCGACAACAUCGUCAACGUCGUCUUUGACGUCUCCACGCCAAAGGCGGCGAUGCCGCCGACGCCGCCGUCGCCACGCGAACGAAGAUUUUGGAAAACAUUGCGGAGAGAACGCGACUCGAGCGGAGGAGGCUGGCGGUUCUGGUGGUUCUGGUGGUGGUGGUGGUUCUGGUGGAGGUUCUGGUGGAGGUGAUGGUGGAGGUGGUGGUGGUGGAGGUGGUUACCCGUGGAUGCGAGCGAAGAAGUGCGGAGGGAAAAAGUCGUGCGGGAUGAUCGCAGCUGCAGAGCACGCGGAGCGGAGCGGGGAUGGAGGAGGUCACGACCUCUGCGCGACUCCUCCCGGCGGAGACUCGACGACGCGGAGGCUGCGCAGCGCGUACAGCAGGGCGCAGCUGCUCGAGCUCGAGAAGGAGUUCCACUUCAACAGGUACCUUCGGCGGCCCCGGCGCCUCGAGAUCUCCUCGCUGCUCCGCCUCAGCGAGCGCCAGGUCAAGGUCUGGUUCCAGAACCGGCGCAUGAAGCACAAGCGCCAGGCGAGCCACCGGACGGCCGACGCCCUCGCCGACAGCCACCGCGGUUUCGGCCCGAGCGGUUACGAUUGUGCUCGCGCGAACGACCCCACCGCUGCCACCAUCGGCGACAUCGCCGACAUCACCGACAUCGCCGCCUGCUGCCUGGCCCGCCGAGGUCCGGGCAGCCGCAGGGAGCUCUGCGUCGGAGCCCCUUCGGGGUUCGUGGACGGACCGGGACGCCACUGCUGCGAGACGCCGGCGGACUUUGGCGAGGGCACCGCGGCGCGACGACCCCACCGCUGUUGCCGUUGCCGCCGCUCGACGGCCGACGCCGACGUGAAGCAGCGGCAGCGGCAGGGAGAGGAAGAGGAGGAGGUCUGGGGAGGAGAACGGGCGGCCGCGGCGGCGAGAUUCCUCCAGGGCGAGGUGGCGCUCGCCUCUCUGCUCGAGUUGGACGAGCGGGGGACGGCACCGCGCCACCGCCACGCCUCGCUCGUUCAGCUCUCGCCCACCGCCGGCCUGCAGGAGCUCAUCGCGCAGGCUGCUGUGUAGCCAUGCCCCCCCCCCCGCACUCGCCACCUCUCUGCCCACCAGUCCUGGGGGGCAACGAGGGACUAAGCCACCACCCCCACUGCCAACACACUCCUCCACCACCCCCACCACCAACAUACUCCUCCACCACC